AUGUCGGCUGUCGCUUUCAACGUAUUAUGGAUUGUAUGCGUUCUUUUACUUUUACUGGCUCUAUUUCUUGCUGUAAGAAGACGAAGGAUGGCAUCGAGACAAAUUGCUCAAGCUCGUCAACAAACACAAGCGUAUCGACAAGAGAUACAUGGGACGAAUGCAGCACCUGAUGUACAGAUCUACAUGCCAUCAUACCAUGAGUAUCUUAGUGCUCAAAGACAAUAUGGUCAGCCAACUGCUGUUGCUACCGGCAAUGUCGAAAUGGGCUCCGUGCAACCUCCGCCGCCAGUGUAUAAAGCCGAAGAUCAACCACCACCCUCUUAUCAAGACUACAACAAAGACGUGCGCAUACAAGCAGGAGCAGCAUCGUCCUCAGCAAACUGA